CCUGGGAUUGGCUUAAAACAGGGCUGUGUUGAUCCAGUGGCUGGGCUUUGGCAUCCUGUCAAUCUUCUGUCUGCUCAAAAGCCUAGAAAUAGUGCUGGGGCAGUCUGCCGGAUUCUGAGAAAGGAAGCAGCCAUGCAGGUGCUCACUAAACGCUACCCCAAGAACUGCCUGCUGACCGUCAUGGAUCGGUACUCGGCCGUGGUGCGCAACAUGGAGCAGGUGGUGAUGAUCCCCAGUCUUCUGAGGGAUGUGCAGCUGAGUGGGCACGGGGGCUCGGUCCAGGAGGGAGCCCCAGAUCUCUAUGCCUACUUCACCAUGCUCAAGACCAUCUGUGUAGAAGUGGAGCACGGGCUGCUGCCAAGGGAAGAGUGGCAGGCCAAGGUGGCCGGCAGCGAAGCCGGCGUCACGGAGAAUGAAGCUGUUGAGGCAGAGGAGGCAGAAGAAGAGAGGAUCUCGGGGGAGCUGGACCUAGAAGCUCAGUUUCAUCUGCACUUCUCCAGCCUCCAUCACAUCCUCACCCACCUUACCCGUAAAGCCCAGCAGGUGACAAGGAAAUACCAGGAAAUGACAGGACAGGUCCUGUAGGCCUCCAACUCUAAGGAAGGUGACUUUACCCUGAGAGAGGGAAGACUGACGAGGACUCAAUGGUGCAUCAGCCUUGGGACCGGAAGGGAAGACCCAGCUGACAGCGAAGGGGACUUGUGUCUCUGGGAAGCUUCCCCACCGACAGCUGAUGGAGUUUGUGGACUCAGUUGCAGGCUCACCCUUAAGAUGUCUGUUUCGAUUCCCAACUUCUCCUCCUUAGCAAGGAGCCAAAGUUCACAUCUCGUGGAUGUCAUUUAGUGCCCAGUGUCACAAGUUAUUUAUCCCAGGAGCCCAAAUUCCCCUCAUGUAUAAAACAGAGAUGCUGUGUCUACCUCACAAGGUUACUAAAAGGAAACAGGGAAUCAAAAGCACUUGGCACGUACUGACACUCUAACAGCUGGCAUCGCUCCUAACGCCGGAAUGCAUGCUAUGUGUAGCUCUUGCUUUUCACCCCACAGAAGAGGCAAAGGUAGCUGAGUGUGCGAGACGAGCUACUCGCCCCGUUGAAUCUGAUGACCACUGAUGAGGCUGAGCACAGGUGAACUAUGAACCUAUUUAUUGCAGUCACAAUAAAAAAAAUCAUGGUGUGUUCA